AUGCCACGGUCAAAAUGCACCAGGAAGGCAACAAAUUUCUUGGGGAACUUCCGGAACUAUGUGACUUUGGAGGAUGCAUGCACGAAGGCCUGGCAGAACGAUGGCAGAAAGGAGUCAGAUGAGGGUGCCGGGGAUCUGCAGCUAGUGCUCCUGAAUUUCGGGGAGAGCUCCGAGGACGACAUGACCCAUCUUCUGCACACUGCGGCGAGCGGUUCACUAGCAGACGUGGAGGAGCUCCUCAAAAAGCCGUUGGAUCCGAACAAAGUGAGCGACACGGGCUACGCCGCACUGCAUAUGGCAGUGGAGCGUGGCCGAGAGGACGUGACCACACUCCUCCUCACUGCGAAGGCAGACGUGGACUUGCGAAGUCGUCAAGGAGUCACGGCGCUCAACGUCGCCGUGCUACUGGGCCAUGUGGCAGUGGUGCGGUUGCUGCUUGAUGCCGGUGCUGACCAGGAUGCGGCUUGCGGAUGGACUGGGAAAGGCCCUUCACCGCUGCACGUCGCCUCGAAAGAUGGACUCGUCGAAGUGGCGGAGCUGCUACUGGCGGCGGGUGCCGACCUGGAGACCUGGUCGGAAGAUGCUGGAAAGCCAGGGGGUCUCCUUCGAGGGAUCAGCUGCAAAUACUUGGCCGGCGACCUCCUGCAGGAGAUGGAGAAUGUGGGCUUAGCUCGAUCCUCUCCUGUUUACGCCAUCGAAGAGAGUGUCAUUCGGAAGAAGGGCGAGAAGCUGAUUUGUCCAAAGGACAACAGGCUGGGCACUUCUUACGUCGAUGCGCUUGCGGAUGGUGAUGCCGGCCUUUCCAACUUCAUGCUUUCCUACAGCUGGGGCUAUCCUGUCGGGGACAUUGCAGACACACUUUCUGACUUUUUUGGUGAAGAGAGUCUACACGAGUUCAUUUGGAUAUGCUGUCUGUGCAUUAACCAACACCGGGUGAAAGAGGCCCAGGCGGCUGGGCAAACCGUGCUGCUUAGCUGA